UGUCAUCUAGGACAUAAAACCAUUUGGUCUGUGAUUUGGGGUUUAGUGGAGCUUGUGCUGCCAUUGAAAGAAGAGAGAAAAGGCACAGAGAUGGGCUUCCUCCUCUCCGCUGAGACAUGGACCCUCCUGGUGGCUCUCAUUACACUAAUCUUUGUGUAUGUCUGCUGGCAUUUUGGAACAUUUAAGAAACUGGGCGUCCCUGGUCCCAAUCCGGUCCCGUUUUUCGGCACUAUGCUGGCAUAUAGAAAGGGAUUCACCAACUUUGACAUGGAUUGCUUCAAGAAAUAUGGGAAGAUAUGGGGCAUUUUUGAUGGCCGUCAGCCCGUGCUGUGCAUCACAGAUCCUGCCAUGAUAAAAGCUGUUCUCAUAAAGGAGUGUUACUCGUUCUUCACCAAUCGCAGAAACUUCCGUCUGAACGGGGCGCUGUACGAUGCCGUGUCCAUCGCUGAGGACGACCAGUGGAGGAGGAUCCGCGGUGUCCUCUCUCCCUCCUUCACCUCAGGAAGACUGAAAGAGAUGUUGGACAUAAUGAAGCACCACUCUGCUAACCUGGUCAGCAGCAUGAAAAAGAAGGCAGACAAGGAUGAGCCCUUAGAGCUGAAGGAGUUCUUUGGACCCUACAGUAUGGAUGUAGUAACCAGCACAGCCUUCAGUGUCGACAUUGAUUCACUCAACAACCCCUCAGACCCUUUUGUCACUAACAUCAAGAAGAUGCUGAAGUUUGACCUUUUUAGCCCUCUCUUCCUCAUUGUUGCUUCCUUCCCCUUUAUGGGUCCUAUUUUUGAGAAGAUGGAGUUUUCCUUUUUCCCUGCGUCUGUCACGGACUUCUUCUACUCUGCACUGCAGAAGAUCAAGUCUAACCGAGAAAACAGCAAGCAAAGGAGUCGAGUGGAUUUCCUUCAGCUGAUGAUUGACUCCCAGAAAAACAAUGACCUCAGUAAAGAGGAACCGGAUAAAGGUUUAAGCGAUCAUGAGAUCCUUUCUCAAGCAAUGAUUUUCCUCUUUGCUGGCUACGAAACAACCAGCAGCUCUCUCACUUUCUUGGCUUACAAUCUGGCGACACACCCUCAUGUCAUGAAGCAGCUGCAGGAGGAGAUCGACUCCACCUUCCCUAACAAGGGUCCUAUUGAGUACCAGGCUCUGAUGCAGAUGGAGUAUCUAGACAGCGUCAUCAACGAGUCUCUCCGAUUGUACCCCAUUGCCCCACGUCUGGAGCGCGUGGCCAAAGCGACUGUGGAGAUAAACGGCCUUGUGAUUCCAAAAGAUAUGAUUAUCUUGGUACCCACAUGGCCCAUUCACCGGGACCCUGAAGUGUGGCCCGAGCCUGAGGUGUUCAAACCUGAGAGGUUCAGCAAGGAAAACAAGGAGGCUAUUGAUCCGUACACGUACAUGCCUUUCGGGGCAGGACCAAGGAACUGCAUUGGGAUGCGAUUUGCUCUGAUGAUGAUGAGGCUAGCAGUGGUGGAGAUCCUGCAGAAAUUCAGCUUCUCUGUGUGUAAUGAGACUGAGAUCCCCUUUGAGAUGGACAUCCAGGGCCUGCUGAUGCCAAAACGACCAAUCAAACUGAAGCUGGUGCCGCGUUCUGAAUCCUCAAACUAACAACAACAAGAUAAAGGAUAAUCAUUUUAACUAUGUUGCAUACAGACCUAUUGUGAAUAAACACAAUGUCCAUUUUUACCAUCAUAUGCACAACAGUUAGCUCUCUUUUUUUUUUUCUGUCAGAGCUUCUAUCAAUAUUCAUCCUAAACUGAGUGACAAAUGGGUAAUUUGUAAAGCCUGUGUUCACAAUAAAGGAUAGGUUGGAUUUUU